AUGGCUUCACUGAUGGUCAUGGCGCGCGUCGCUCGCCGUAUCACGACCGCUGCUUUAGCUUUUCAUCUUCUCAUUGCAGUCGCAGUCACCCUGCUCAGUGCCCCCCAAGUGUCAAGCGCUCCUAUCCCUAAGAUCAAUCCUGGGAGCGACAGGUCCAGCCCGCUUACCCGUCGCGGUGGUGACGCCCUCAUUUGUGGCCAGAACGUCCGCAGCCACGGUACCUUCACCACGAACAAAGCAGGGGCGGGAUUAUGGCUUUUCAAGAAUGAUGUUCUCCAGCAAAGUGGUAAAGGCCCCGUGUCUGGAACGACAGAGUUUGACGUGAGUCUGGCUGUGCAUACCCUGGGAAAAUAUUCCUGACACAGAUCUUCUCAUCGCUCAUCUGGUAGCACAAUGUGGAAAUUCAAGAAGUCGUAAAAUUUCUGCAGCCACACAUGGAUGAAUUUUGCAAGCGGCCAGCCUUUGCGAAACCCGAAACCGCUCCUGGUCGCAAAACAGUGCAGCCCAAAGAUCGUCCAACAGAGUGGAACGAUUUUUUCGGUGCUCUCAACGCACCGGAGAACAUGUUCCACGUGCCUAUCUACGUCAAUAAAGGCAAAGGCUCUUUGAUCGGCGGCGGCACCCUCUCGUCGGACAAGUUUUCCAAGACCGUGAGUCUGACUUCUACCUUGAGCAUCGCGGCUGCCGCCUAGAAAGACGUCGUUUUCGGAAAAAGCUCACUGAGCCAGUUUGCUUCGCAGGUCCUGUUGGGGAUUGAGCGAUAUCUACAAACGGGCGGCGGGACGGUACCGAGCGCGAUCACCAAGAUUUUCGACGCCAUAGACGCCAUCGCCCCUGGAACAUACAGCAAACAAGAGCUGGAGACCCUCGUCACAAGUGAUCGCGCGAGUGCUCAAGCCAAAGCUCGGCAGCUCGCCAAUGCCAUGGCACCGACGUCCCCAUCGCCAGCAGCAAAGGAUAGCACGUCACCGUCGCCCGGCCCUUCUACGACGUCUACCAACCCGACGAACCUGAAGCCCCCUGCUCCACUUGUCCCUGAUGCACCUGCCCCUGAUGCACCUCCGCCUGGUGCACCUGCCCCUGCUGCUCCGAAGCCAGGUGUGGAGGGACCCACUAAGCGGCCUCCUCCUGCUCCAGAGCCAGGUGUUCAGCGACCCAUUAAGCGGCCAAAGAUCUAA